AUGACGGCUUUUCCGCCCGUGGAUGAUGCAGUUUUGCAAAACAAUCCGGAUUUUUCAAAUCUCUACAACAAACUCACAAAUGUCAUUCUAAAUCCUGAUGGCUCUACAAAGGAGGACCCCGCGGCCAAGGAGCGGGCGGUUGUUCGAGAGGAACUAGAUCGUCGACGUCUGAUCUCUGCCAAACAUCACAUCCUCACACGCGCUGUAGCAACAGCAACACCAAGUACACCGCCCGCGACGAGAGCUUCCUCUCGUCUUCGAGCACCACAGAACCAACAACAGCCAGACACGAGGUCUCAGCAGGCACCUACUCUUCCCGAACCGCUCCUGGACCUCCUUCUCGUCCUACCUCCCCUACUAGAUGCGAGCAUCCCGCCUCUCCCGCAAGAUACCCUCGAGCUUCUCUUCGCCCAUCCUCCGCUCUCUGACCUCGAGACACUCCUCCCAAGUCUCGCGCCUCUCAUCGCAUCAAACCUACGCUCUUCAGCCCUAGGUCUUGCGCGAAUCGCCCACCCGACCACGAAUCCAUCUUACCUCCACCGCCAUAUCGCCUCCCUACCCAGCACCCUCUCCAGCCUCCGCUCAGACCUGACCGCCGCCGAAGCCGACCUCUCGACCCACCGCCUUCGCUCCCUCGCUACCCUAACCUCCCUCCUCCAAGCCGCCAGCCAAGCUCUCAGCAUUCUCAUCCGUGCCCUCGAAGCCAAGCACGGCGUUGUCGCGCGCAGUCUCGAGAUUCGCGCCGCAGAGGUCUCGCUACAUGCCCGCCGUUACGACGCCGAGGCCGCCAUUGCUGCAUCCUCGGUCCGCCGCGCCGUAUACUCGCCCGAGGCGAUCGCCGCACUUAAGAACUACGGCGCUCAUCUGCGCGAUGCCAAGAACCGCGGCGAGGAGCGUGUCCGUGGGUUGACGGCUGAGCUAGGCGAGUAUGGCGUCGGGGUUGAGGGCGGUGAGGGAAAGGAGAGGAUGAUGCGAGAGAUGUCGCGGGUAUAUAGGGAGAUGGGACGACAGAUGGAAGAUAUUAGAGGGGAUCUUGAUCGACUGAAUGUAUGA